GGGGGGGGGGUUAUUCACUCUUGUUUUAUAGCGUACCUUGAUGGGAAUCUUUGAAAAGUGCGGAUAUGAUGAAUACCCAGAGACAUCCUUGCCGAGCCAGAUGAACCGUAAAGUGAUAGCGACAGAGAGUGCUCUGAAGAAGAAGAUUCGUGAGUCAAAGCAUGGUCGUUUCAUGGAGAAGGACAAACGGAUCCUGGAGGAGCUAAAGAGUCUGCACUGUGACCCGCAUCCAUUCUUCAGGGUCUUUCCUUCAGAAUCAGACUUCAUGUUCUGGAGGAUUCUCAUGCAAGGACCUCCUGACACCCCAUAUGAGAAGGGCGUGUUCGAGCUCUACUGCCAGUUUGGUGCAGAAUACCCAGUGAAGCCUCCACUUGUUCGCUUCGUCACACAAAUAUACCACUGCAAUGUGAACAGCGUGGGUCGCAUCUGCCACAACAUAUUUGACCGCUGCUACAAUGCUCACAUCACCAUGAGAGACAUCUUCGAUGCUGUGUAUGGGCUGCUUAUUGUCCCGGAGCCUGAGGAUCCUCUGGACAGCAUUUUGGCCGAAGAAUUUCUGACCAGCCGGGAGACAUAUGAACGAGAAGCUAAAAAGCACACGGAGGAAAUGGCAGGAAAUUCCCUGGAUGACAUGGAGAUGACACUGGUGGAUCCUGUGACACAGUUUAUGCCUCGACAUUUGAUCUGUCCACUCACCAACAAGGUGUUUGUGGAUCCAGUGAAAACCGUGUACGGCACAGUGUAUGAACGUAAGGCCAUUGAAGAACACCUCAGACUACACCAGUAUGAGCCACAGACUGGCCCAGGACAUGAGCUUGAGUUAAGUGACAUAAUGCCAGACUGUGACAUGAAGAAAAUGGUGAUGGAUUAUAGAUCGCAUCAAAUUCAAUGAACAUUUGGAGGAAAACUGGAAAUUUAUAUAUUUGAAGGAAAAGGGAAAUCAACCUGAAUGUCUUUAUUUUUCUGUGCCUUUUUUAAUAAUAUUGAUUUUGUUAUGAUAUGCUUACUUUGAACAGAGUUUUGUACUUAUUUUGUCAUUAGUGGGGUCACAAAAGUAAAACAGGUUUCCUAUUAAAAACAUAUUGCUAAUUUUCUACUACUUAAUCUCUUAAGUACAUUAUAAGCUUGCUUAUCAGAGGUUUUCCAUGUUUUCCAAGGUUUUAUUAACCAGUACAUAAACCUGACAGUAUAAUAAAUAUAUAGUUUAUGAAGAUAAAAAGAAGUUGUUAUUGUGAAGUGUUUUAUGCUGGACAGUGGUUGGUUUUUCUGCAGUCUAAAGAUAUAUUUUAAGAUGCUUAUUACUAUUUGGAUUCAUACCCAUAAAUGUUUUCAUUAAUGUAAACAAUGUUUUGGAGGCUGUUACAAUGUUCAAACUCCAUUGUGUUAGCAGAAAAAUAAAGCAUAGGAAAGUA